AUAUUAAUUGGGAAGGGGAAAAAUUGGCUAUUCCUUUUACCGAUUUGGAUUUAUACUUAUUUGAUAAUGCUUGGAACGUGGACGAACAAUAUGCCAAGAACCGCACCAUAGGGCUAGUGAAUAAAUUAGAAGCCGACCAAUUACAGAAAAUGUUAGGUCUGCCUUCCCGCACCCAAAGACUAAAAGAAAAAACGGAAGUAGAAAU